CUGAGUCAUUCUCCGUUUCAAACGCAUCAAACGCAACCGCUGAUUGGAACGUCCGGUUUACAACAAUGAUCUCAGGAGGUAAUAAAUGUAAAGCCUCUCUCCACACGAUGAAAUCGCGUCUCGUCCGUGGGGACAAGCUUAUCUCCGAGUCAUCCUCUCCUGAUUAUUUCGGUUUACUCGUCGAGGUUUUAUCAAGUUUUAAGAUAGAAGGUCGAUCCCGUUAUGAAGAUGGUUUCUUGAUCUUGACUUGCAACAAUAUACCGGUGAAUUUCACGGUAGAUCCGGCCGGGAAUGUGAAGGGAUCGUUGCUCGGAUAUAUGAGGCCGUGUGAGUAUAUAUACCAGAAGAAGUUUCCAGUCGCAUCCUUUUAGACUUUUCCUCUCAUCUUAUAAAUCAUGAAU